CCCAUCUCGUCUUCAAGCUCACCUGGCUGUUUUACAGAGUCACUUCGCUCAGCUUCCCCGCUCGCGUUCACCAUUACGAAACAGCUCUUUACAACCAUGCCUCCUUCGCAGAACAAUCGUAACGCGCCAUCCGACAUGGAACCCAACCAGAAGAGCCAGUACCAGUGGCUCAAGGACUCCGGCUAUGGCAGUGUCUGGAAUCUGGGGCUCUCCUACGGUUUGAAUAUACACAAUCCCGAUGAUCUUGAGGAGACCAUGGCCAUCCUAAAAGGCUUGAGGGAUAUGGACCAGAAAGCUUGGGAGGAGAGACAGAUGGCGAAGAAGUAGCAGGUCUACCAGCGAUGAACUGCACUUUGCUUUACUGAUCACUGGCCGUUCUCGCUGGGGACUCUACGUGUUGACAAGGCAACCUCGAUGAAAGGAGGUACAAUGAUGCAGGAUGGUGGUGGGGGGAGGACUGUUAUCAAGUAGUUAACUACUGUAUGCUAUGAUUUAAUCGAAGGC